AUGCCUAAAAACUACAGCCGAACAUCACAAAGAACAAUUGCGUACUCGCAAAAAGACUUGGAAACUGCUGUAGAAAAAGUAAGAAAAAAAGAACUAACUAACUAUGCUGCAUCAAAACUUUACGAGAUUCCAGCAUCUACCCUUAGUGAUCGAGUUAAUGGUAAAACAGGUUUAAAAAGUCGUACCCUAGGAAGAUCACCUGCUAUACCUUUAGAUAUGGAAACCAAACUAGCAUCAGGUUUAGAUCAAAAUGAAGAAUAUGAUUUUGAAGUUGCUUAUGCUUCUAGCAAACGCGGUUGGAUGGAGACCGAAAUAUUUUAUAAUUAUAUGGUUAAGGUCAUAAUUCCAAGUUUAGGAGAAGAAAGACCAGUGCUCUUAAUUUACGAUGGUCAUAGCACCCACGUUGACGAACGAGUCGUAGCAUUAGCAGCAGAAAACAACAUAACCAUUUUAAAACUGCCUGCUCAUACAUCUCACUUGCUACAACCUUUAGACUUAGCGGUCUUCAAGUCAUUUAAAAGUAUUUGGGACAAAAACUUGUGGAAUGGCAACGUCAAAAUGUCGGAUUUAAAAUACGUAAGAAAGAGUUUGCUGAAAUGUUUGCACAAGCAUGGAGUCAAACAACACCAAAAGUGA